AUGGCCAUCGCAACACUAAGAUUAAGACUCAAUGAUCUUUCAGUGAGAGUCCCCGCGUCCACCACCCGUUCUACUUCCUCCACGAGAGGUGGUAGUUCGGCUGGGGGACAGGGUGAUCUGAGGGUGACGGUGUGGAGCAAUCCGACGAUGCGUCCUCGGACCACACCCCCCUCCGCUGUGUUGCAACCCGCGAGUGCCGCGGUGACUCAGGCGGGUCCUUCUUCGGAAGCCCCGCGUGUUUCAUUCGGCGCUCCAGAAGAUGAUACGAUGUCGAUCGCGGCAUCACAAGGUGGGCUCGAGUCUUCGGGAAGUGAGGAUGCGGCUGCGUUGCCUCCUUCGGGAGUCCCAGCGUUGCCCGUGUCGGAUCCCGAGAUGACAGCCAUGCUGUCCCGGGCAGCCAGAGAGAACGUCAGUUCACGUCAGGAAAAGACUGAAAGUGAAGAAAUACAGCACCUGUUUCACAGACUUAAUCUUCACAGGAACAAUAAACUGAGAGCUGCAGAUGUUCUUCAGAUAACUGCACAUUCAUUACAGUCCCAUGAGUCCUGUGCUGAGGAGGAAAUGAUUCAGACUUUCCUACAAAAACUACUGAUGAUGGACUACAGAGCAAGAUACAUUCAUGUUAAUAAGGCCAAUGAACAUGAUAAUAUACAACAAAGAGACACUGACACAUCUGAAGACAUUAGUGAUAUAUUCCAAGCAGUGUCAUUGUAUAACAAAGGAAAAAGUCAAUCUGAUCGCAUUCACCCGAUGGAUGUUCAGAUGGCCGUGUUUCAUUGUGCUGAUGGUUUCCUGAAGCAGCUGAUGGUCACUAAACUGUCCCAGUGUCAGUACGCUCUGCCUCUGCUUGUUCCUGAUCCAGACACACAACAGAUUGAGUUUCCUCUCUGGACAUUCAGACAAAUCAACAAGAGCUGGAAGAUGAGAAACAACAGCAAUGAAAUCAUCAGUCAAAUCCAGCCAGUCUGCAAGGCACAAACUCCAAUGGUGUCUUUCUUCAGGUUUGGCUCUGUGUCUUCAUCGAAGUCUCAUCUGAUGAAAAGUCUGAUCAAUGAGAAACACAACACGUUCUUCCACAGGAACUGCCCAGGCAGCAGCAGAACCAGAGUCCUGAUGGAUGGAGUGGUGGAGAUCGCCUGGUUCUGCCCCUCUGGGAAAAACACGGAUAAAUUCACUGACUGUGUUGCGUUCUGUAAUCUACACGGUGAUGCAAGAGAUCAUGAGAAACAGCUGAAGAUCCUCACUGAAAUGGCCUCAGUCAAUGUUGUUCUUCUACCAGGACUUCAGAAAAAUUACAGAAGUGCAGAAAAGAUCCAGAACCUGAUCAAAGUAACAACGCCGCUUAUUUGUCUUUUUACGGAGGAUGAAUCUACUUUAAUGAUGAUGAAGAAAGGGAAAUUUACGAUUGGUCUGAAGGACAGAAAUCUGUCAGAUGUAUCUGAAGAACUCAGAAGAGCCAUAAAUGAUUGUCUCUCAGAAUCAUCUUCCACUUUCAGACUUGAAGAUGUGUCCAAACACUCAGACAUCAGAGUAGAUGAGGAACAUGAUGAUGACUGCAGGAGAGGAAGAGAAGCAGCACAGCAGAUGAUGAGUUUAUUGGAGGAUAAAGAUCUGACAGAAAUAAAAAAAUCAUUUCUGCCCUGUCAGGGGGAACUGUGGCAUCAGUGGAGUCAGAAAAACAAAGAACUGCAUCGACCUCAAGGAGAUAAUAUAGAAAUGUCAAGAAGUGUGAAAAAAAAAGAAAUGAAGAAAAUCCGAGAACAACAGCAUGAAUGUGAUAUCAGUGAGUUUAUGAUGCACUUUAAUAAAAAAAUGAACUCAAAAACUGAACUUGAAAAGAUGUUUUUUCUUAAAUGGCUCAGAAUCCUCUUGGAUGAACACACAUCUGUUGACCUUUCUGCUCUUCAUCAUAAGUAUGAUGAAAAGUGGUCCACAGUUUUAAAAUUGAAAGAGAACAAUGAAAAACCUGAACAAUUCAAAGCUGAACAAACAGAACUUGAGAGAAUAUCCGAGGAUCUUCAAGCUGCAUCCUUUGGUUUGGAGCACAUCAUGAGGGAGAUCAGUCAGAUCUAUGAAUCAUGUUCAUCUGUGAAGAAGAACAAGAAAGAUCUGCAGGUUCACUUCUCUUCUCUCCCGAGUCUCGCAGCAGAGAUGAUGAUCUCUGGAUUUCCACUGGAGCUGAUGGAUGGAGAUGCUGCUCAUGUUCCUCUGGUCUGGAUCUCUGCUGUUAUAGAUGAACUCAUUCAGAAACUGGGAGACCAGAGAGUCUUUGUGCUGUCAGUUAUAGGGAUUCAGAGCUCUGGGAAAUCCACCAUGCUGAAUGCCAUGUUUGGACUCCAGUUUGCCGUCAGUGCUGGCAGAAGCACCAGAGGAGCUUUCAUGCAGCUGGUCAAAGUCUCAGACGAGAUGAAAACACAGAUGAACUUUGACUAUAUUCUGGUUGUUGAUACUGAAGGUUUUCGUGCUCUAGAACUGGCUGGAAGAUCAACAAGACAUCAUGACAAUGAACUGGCCACAUUUGUUGUUGGUCUUGGUAAUCUAACCUUGAUCAAUAUAUUUGGAGAAAACCUAUCUGAGAUGCAGGACGUUCUUCAGAUUGUUGUUCAGGCCUUCCUGAGGAUGAAGAAGGUAAAUCUGUCUCCCAGGUGUGUGUUUGUGCAUCAGAACGUUUCAGACAUCACAACUGGAGAAAAAAACAUGGAGGGAAGAAGACGACUGCAGGAGACACUGGAUGAGAUGACAAAACUCGCUGCUGAAGAGGAAGUCUAUGAUGCAGAAUGUUUCAGUGAUGUCAUUAGUUUUGAUGUUCAGAAAGAUGUGAAGUAUUUUGCUCAGCUCUGGGAAGGAAGCCCACCCAUGGCACCACCAAACCCAGACUACUGUGAGAACAUUCAAGAGCUAAAGAAAACCAUUACUUCCCAUGCCUCAAAUUCACAUGGGAUGAUGCUGACACACUUAAAAGAUCGUAUUAAAGAUCUCUGGGAGGCUUUACUGAAUGAACGAUUUGUCUUCAGCUUCAGAAAUUCUCUGGAGAUUUCAGCCUACAGAAAACUGGAGACCGAAUACAGCAAAUGGACCUGGAGUCUUCGCAGUGCCAUGAAGGAAACUGAGAACAAACUACACAACCAAAUAGAAAAUGAAGCAAUUCAUAAGGUUGAUGAAACUGAUCUGGAAAGAGAACUGAAGAAGACAAGUGAAGAAGUGAAAAAAUCAAUGCCUGAAUUCUUUGAGAAAGACAAAGAUAAAGAAAUACUGAUCCAGUGGAAAAUGUCAUUUGAAAUCAAAGUCAAUGAGCUUCAGGAAAACAUUGUGAAAGAAACCAAGAGGAAAUUAAAGGAGGUUCUUCAGCAACGAGACAUGAAUAAAAAUAUUGAUAAUCAGAGGACACAUGAAAACGCUCUAUUUGCAAAACUAAAGAGCAAAGAACUUGCCUUAAAACUAAUAGAUAAAGCAAAUGAUGAAGAAACACUGAAGAAAGAGUUUGAUUUGUUUUUGGAACAGUGUGUGAAGGAAAUCAUCUCAGACACUCCUCCAAUCAAAGACAUUGACGUAAUGAGAGAUGUGAGAGAGAUCCUCAGUGACACCAAUGGAUGUGUUUCUGUAGACCAAAGGAUGAAGAGCGGAGAUAUUUUCUCUGUGCCCAGUUAUAUAGAAUAUGUAAAGGUAAAAAAACCAAGUGAAUCUUUCCCAAAUGUCUACAGAUCCGCUGAGAAAUUCAUUUACAGUUCUCUAUCUAAAGAGGAUGAAGAUCAAAUAAGAUCAUUUGUCACAGACGUUGCUCAGCAUACAGAAAAAGAGAUUCACUCAUUUAACAUUUCAAAGAUCGGCUACAACAAGAGCUUCAUUCAACAACUCACUGGUAACAUCAAGAAAAGCAUAGUACAACAUGAGGAAGGAUCAGUGAAAUAUGUGUUUAAGAUUGAAUUCUUCACGGAUUUGGUUCUUUCCGUCUGUAAGAGAGCGAACAAGAUGAUCACUGACCAACACAAAAUGUUCAUUAAAACCAAUGAUCCAUAUACUGUGAUGAAGAGAAAAAACUACUAUAGUAUUUUCCAGAAAUAUUGCCAUGGAGCCACAUCGGCUGCCAUUUUUGGUGAGAUCAUCUGUCAGAAACUUAAAGAGCCCAUUGAGCAGAGUGUCUACAAGAAGACUGCCAGAGAUCUGGCUGAUGAAAUAACAUCAAACUGUGAAUCACUGAAUGGAAACAGAUCAAAACUGGAGAAACACAUCCUGAAGACACUGGCAGAAGAUCAAGUUUUUGAAAAAUACAUGAACUACAUUGAAAACCCCAGAGAUCACUUCAAAAGUUUCAUCAGAGAUGAAGUCAGUCGGUACAUCUGUGAUAAGUUCAGUGUCAGUGUUUUACCCAAGAUGAAGAAGAACAUUAAACUCCUGCAGCAGAAGAUCAUGGAAGCUGCACAUGAAUCCACUGAACAUGUUCAAGUGAACAGAGGAGAUGUUGGUUUGUGGUUGAAGAGUUUCACACAGCGGCUCUCAGACGAGCUGAUCUUCUCUGAAAAAGACCUCAGUGGACUAAAUCAUGAUGAUGUAGAUGUGAAACUCCUAGAAGAGGUGAUAAGACAAGGUCUUCCUGCUAUAAUAUUGGACAUCAGCAGUGGAUUCACAAAGACUUUUCCAGUAAAGCUGGACUAUAAAGACAGACCAGAUGAGCGUCUGAUUGAUCACUUCUGUCGGUGCUGUUGGGUUCAGUGUCCAUUCUGUAAAGCCAUCUGCACCAACACCGUACCAAACCAUGAUGGAGAUCACAGUGUUUCAUUCCAUCGAGUGAAUGGAAUUAAUGGAUGGCAUAAACAUAACACAAAUAAUCUCUGUGCUAGUUUUUGCACAACUUCAGUAGCAAGUGAUAAAAGCUUUAUUGUAUCUGAUGGGAGGUUUCCAUAUAAAGAAUACAGAAGCGCAGGAGGAGUUUAUGAGAAGUGGAGCAUCACCCCUGAUCACUCUGAACUGUCCUACUGGAAAUGGUUUGUGUGCAGAUUCCAGAAAGAUCUGGAAAAUAAGUAUAAUAAAACAUUCCAGGGUGAUGGUGAGAUUCCACCUGAAUGGAGAAAUCACAAACAACAAGAUGCGAUUCGGAGUUUGGAUCAUUUAUGCAUUGUAUAAGGAAUCUCAAUAGAA